UGUGGCUGUCUGGGGCCAGAGCUGUGAACAGUGGCAUGGCCGAGCAGGGGCUGGAGGAACCUGGGCGCGCAUGGCGGCUCCUGGCCCUAUGCGGGGCCGCCGUGUUCCUGGCAGCCGCAGCAGCUGGUGGAGCCCUACUGGCCUGGAAUCUGGCUGCUUCGGUCUCCCGGGGGCCUCGGUGUCUGGAACCCAGGGUCAAUGCCACCAUGCCUCCCUGGGACCCAGCACCCGAGAUUGAGGAACUGCAGCGCCGGUUGGCAGAGGCUAUCCAACGAGAGGAGGCCCUGGCCAGGCAGCUGGACCAGGCCCAGGGUGUCCGUCAGGAGCUGGAAGUGACUUUGAGGGCCUGUGAGGGCCGCCAGAGCCUGCUUGAGACCCAACUUGUGACGCUGAAGACUGAGAUGGACGAGGCCAAGGAGCAGGGGACCCAAAUGGGGGCUGUGAACGGUGCGCUGACAGAAGCCCUGGCGCGCUGGGAGGCGGCUGCCACGGAGUCUGCGCGGCGGCUGGACGAGGCGCAGGGGCGAGCCAGCGCGGCCGAGGCCGAGAGCGGGGCCUGCGCAGCCCGGGAAGCCGCGCUGCGCGCGCGAGUUAACGCCCUGAAGGCAGAGAUGGACUCCCUGCGCAGAGGGCAGCGCCCCCGGACACGCUCGGGGUCCCGGCCCCGGCCCAGCCCCCGCUCGCGCUCUCGCCCGGGAACCUCCGGGGCCUGCCGGCGGCCGGCACAAAGCACACGAGGGUGAAUCAGUCCCCGUCAGGAUGGGGCUCCAGGUCAGGAGGACCGACUCUGUGGGGGCAAGUGUAGAGAUGCCCAGUUGACACCCACCAACGCUCAGCUGUAGACCAGGAACAGCCCUGAACGGAAACUGCAGGAAGGAGACUCGACCCCCUCUCUCUCCCCGGGCCACACAAUGAGGUAAUGCUGAGCUGGGGGUUUAGUCCCUCUACGACAGUGUUGCCCUCACCCCACUGACACAAGGACUUAGGGUCCCGACUGACUCAGGAUUGAACUGGAGGGAGACCCUUCUCUCACUGCCUCAGCUUAACUUGUCUGUAAAAUGAACGAUUUGAAUUAUGUUUAGAAAGUUGGUCUAUCCAAAAACUGACAAGGAGGCACAAUAGGAAAACUACACACCCCUCUCACUGGGAAGAGUGUAAAAAACUCCAAAAUGGAUUUUUAGCAAAGAGAACCAAGUAACACAUUUUUAAAAACACCACAACAAAAGGGACAUUCCUGAGAUGUAAGGAUGGUUUAACAUUUGGAGGCCUGUAAAUAAAAUUAACCAUACUAAUGGAUCUAAUGAGAAAAGUUAUAAAAAGAUCAUCAAAAUCAGGACCAAGAUAAGGAUGACCAUUAUUAAGAAAAAGUAAUAGGGUACAAAUAUUAGAAAAAAGGAAGAAGUAGAAGUUGAAUCAUAUGAAAGUACUGCUUACAUAAGUCAAAAAUAACAGAAAUAUCAACAGUUUCAUGACCAAGUCCAUAUUG